AGUCACAUCCUUUAGGGUUUGGUGAUUUUGGCGAUGCUGCCCUGCUCGAGGAGCGCCAGGCGAGGGCGAGGGCAGGAAUCGCGGCGGCCAUCGAUCAAUCUCCUUGACGACGGCUGCCUGGUGCGAGUUCUGGGAUUCCUGGCGCCAUUUCCAGAUCGCUUCAAUGCCGCGAGCGUGUGCUCCCGGUGGCACAAAUUGAUCGCCGACUCCCGGAUGUGGCUGAGGGUUCAAUCGGCCACUGCUAACUCUAGUUACAAUUCUUUUAUUCAGUCGGGCGAGUUUGCAACUUUGCAAGACGCUGUCAAUGCGGCCAGGCCCGGAGACACGAUAUUUAUCGAGCCUGGAGAAGUCCACGCAGUUGCAAACGUUGCCAUUGACAAGCCGCUGUGCUUGAUGGGUGGAGGCUCUUCUCCAGAGGAAACGGUGCUAAUCUCCCCCAGUGGUUCCGAAAGCGCGUUGGUCUUCUCGGCAAACGGCAAGAUCGCCAACCUGACCAUCAAAGCGGAGCUGGGGAGCUGCUUGCUACACAGGCGUGGCAGCCUGACGGUGGAUCGCUGCGCCCUCGAGUGUGAGGAGCAUCCUCUCGAGUACCUCUCGUGUCCGAUCGUCACAACUGCGGGUGGCCUAGCAGCGCAUCAUCUCCCAGGCAAGAGCGAUGGCUUGUCCGUGAUCGAGACGCGGAUAGUGGGAGGGACUUGCGCUGUGAAAACGGUGGGGAGCCUCGUCUUGCAACAGGUGCGCGUGUUAUACUCGCGGGCCGCCGUGAUUUUCUGGUUCACAGUGGCUCAACAAAGCAAGAGCGCGAGCUCCAUAGGAGUGGCAGCAACAGCGUUUGUGCAUGCCUCGUGAUCUACUUGUAAUCUUGUGCGUAAUUUCUCUAACAAAUGUAGAGUUUUUAACUAUAAUCGAAUCACUAAGUAGGGGAUCUCAUGAUAAA